AUGAAGAUUCCACUUGCAAAAGUCCCGGCGCCUAUGACCAAGGAUGAGUGUGAGGCCUUCAAAAGCAAGGUGCAGACGGAGCUCAAGUUUACGUAUGCCGACGCAACAAAGAGAUGCGCUUCCCUGCCCGACCUGCAUAAGGUCAGAAAUGCAUACUUCGGCUAUUUCAAGGAUGAGAGACAUCCAGUAUCCAAGGAGCAUGGCUUCACUUACGACCAGCUCAAGGACAACUCCGUUUUCGAUCCCAAGAAUCCGAAGGAAACCUUCCACAUCCGGCAUACAGAGGCUGUGAGGAAGCAGUGCACUGUACCUCUCCGAACUCGAUGGAUGGUCAGAAGCUCCCAGGCCUACGGUUGGCUGCCUCCCAUAGAUGAUCCGAAGCUCGGCUUUGGUCGCGGAAAUGCAUAUCACCGGGAUGCUAUGGAUGCCUCUCACAUCAUCGUGGGUGGGAACCGCUCAUCUGCACCCGUGGAGGGAGGGCAUUUCUUGACGGCGCACCUGCGGAUUACGUGUGCGCUGGAGAUGGCAAGCGUGGAGUUCAUCUUAGAUGACAGCGACCGCCACAAGCCUAAAGCCAAAGACGUCAAGUACCGCGUCUCAGGGUACAGCCUAUGUGCAAAUGCCUUGCCGCUGAUUGCGGAGCAAGGACAGAUGCUAGCUGAAGGUUGUCCUGAUGUCCGCCCGUUCGUUGAGCACUGCUUGAAGCAUACUUACUUCAUCACCUUUCAAGUUGCCAUGAAGCGUGGGAACGAGUACGUUAGUUUGGUCCAGGUCUGUGGCCUGGUGACAUCCAAGGAUGCCAGCUAUAUGGUUGGAAUGGACAAGACACCUCCUGCGGGCACACAGAGUGCAGCGGCUAUGGAAGUGCUUGAUUCGCAGCACGGUGGUGUGAAGCGCGUUCUAGCGCUAUCGAGUGCUUUCCUCGAGCAGUUUCACAGUGCGUCCACCAAGCGAUUGGAGAUGGUGGUGAUGAAGUGCAAGACCUGGUGCAUCGAUGUGCAAAGCAACAACGUUGCAGAGGUCUAUGCUGAGCAGAUCAAAGACCGAGUUUUACGUUUUGGAUCUGAGAAUCCAUCUUCUGCGGUAUCUUUUCAGUCUUAUUUCGAUUUUGUUGGACACCAUCAGCUGUUGAAUCCCUUCAAGUCAAAAGACCAUCAGAGUAUCAUGCUGAUGUGGACGUGGUCAGUUCCAGUUCAGCUAAAGCAGAAGGCGGAAGACUUUGUCGUUCAACUACGUGAAUUCAUCCAGUCUAUAGAUGAGUUUGGAGGUGAAGGCGCAAUGGAGGUCAAACUCACGGGCAACAUCAUCCUUGACCAUGAAAUGAAAGUAUCCAUCUUUGACUUUACAGUGCACGAAGUCAAGACGGUGUGGCUGCCGAUCCUUAUUCUCGGAUAUGUCCUGAGAAGCGGGAGACUUUUGCUGCUGGCAUUAACGCCCAUGUUGUUUGAGAUCCUUGUUGGUUUUGGCUUUAUGUAUUUUGUAUCUUGUGCGGGGAUGACAAUCAGCUACUACGCGCUGAUGAUCAUGUUGAUGCUUAUCAUGGCACUAUCUUGGGACUACGCUCUCUUUAUGCUCACUCGCUACAAGACAGAGCGAGAGGCAGGUUCGUCGGUCGAGGAGGCCGUCAUUCAGAUGGUAGCGAGCAGUGGCAGCAUCGUGGUUGUAUCAGGUGUCGUUUUGUCAAUCUGCUGGUCCGUGAUGCUCGGUCUUCCUGAUAUGUUCAAAACCUUCGGAAUCGCUGCGGCAUCUGCGAUUAUGGUGUGUGUCCUAGCUCAGCUCACAUUCGUGGCACCGGUGCUGGCCAUCUUGCCAUGGCUGGGUCCAGACGCUGGAAACCCUGCAGAAGUGGAGCCUUUGAGCCCGACAGGUGAAGCAAUGAGACGGGUCGAGCAGUUCCGUUCAGGGCCGUACUAUUGCCUGGGCAAGAUCCUCACAGCCUUUCCUUGCAAUUUGAUAUCUUUUGUCACAGUCUAUGCGCUCAUGAUGCCAUUAACGUCCAGAUUUUUGCAGAAUUUCGACAUUCUGAAUUUUCAGUUCACGAAGAUGGGCCACAGCUUCGAGAUGACCAUGCCUCGAGGCUCCCGAGCUUUCAACACCAGCCUUGAGAUCAUGCAGGACUUUGACUUUGAGAUGACUCUCAUGCCAAUCCUCAUUUUCGCCACCAAUGCGGCGGAUUUGGAUGGGGAGAGUGCUGGCACGGUCUCGGCCCCACUGGUCAAUGAAGACUUAUUUCAGCUGAACUGCGAGAUGAUUCGAGCGCUGAUAGCGAGAACUGAUGGUACGCCCUAUGAGCUUCGAGCGAAGAGCUUCCAAAGUCCAAGCGUUCCCAUCGACAAGAGCUACAUCCAUUCCCCUUUGCCUUUUGCGAAGAGCAUGUUUAAUGAAGUUUUCGGGCAGCUAGUUUGUCCAAGCUUGAGUCAAAUGAAUUUGGUUCGCAAGAGCUUUCUGGCGCGCAACGUCUUUUUGACGCAGACCUCAGAGCACCUCGACCUCAUGUGGGAUGAGAUGGUCCGCAAGAACGCUAUGCUGACCGUGCUCAAUCCAGUGAUGGACCCUCUGGGACCACAGGCGUUCCAGCUCGAGGCCCAGGUAUCGCAAGUCCUGCAAGAGAUGCAACAGCGUGGCCGCGCUACAAUCCCGCAGCUGCGGUAUUUUUUGUUCUCACCUGCCUCAGUGGUGACUGACCUCAUCACUGUCACAUCUUCAGCUUUACCGACAUGUUUCUUGAUCUGCGUUCUGAUAUGUUUCUCUCUGAUCGCAUUGUGGUUCAAUGCUUUCCUGGUGCCCUUCAAGCUCUUUGUGACGGUGAUUGUUCCCGUCACCUGGACUUACGGAGCAGCGUUCCUCGUUUACGAGGAUGGGGUCUUGGCACCUCUGGGUCUACCAGGCACCGCUGCAAGUGGAUCUCUUUGUCACAACCGCAGCCCCCCUGACUAG